AUGGCGCGACUCGCAACACUACCCUCAGAAAUCGUCCUUCACAUUGCUGAAGCAUGUACCGGGGGCUCCAACCCUAAACGUCCCUUUGGACUUGGGGGGAGUGCCCCUUGGCGCUCAGCGCGCCCCGAAGGAACGACGGCUGGCAAGUAUUAUGGCAGAUCCCACGCGGCGCUGGCCCGCGUCAACCGUCGCUUCCACGAGCUCUUGAACGGGCCGCUGUACAAGCGCAACUUGCUCCACGACCACAGGGAAGCUUCUUGCCUGCUGUUUGCGGCGGAGACGGACCGCGUCGAGACAUUGCAGGUGGCUCUUCGCCAUGGCGCGGACCUGAACAGACCCUGCAGCCAGCCUUCCUCCGAGGAGUUGCAGCCAUUUCACGUCGCUCUCGCCAUGCGCAGUAGCCGUGUCGUCGAGUUGAUGCUGAAGAACGGGGUUGAUGUCCAUCUGCCGUCCAGUCAGUCACCUCCCUGCAAUGAUGCUUGCCGUAGUGCCGGGUGGCCAGUGCGGAACGGCAACUCAGGACGGAGUGUGAUGACACUCAACAAGACUGCGUAUCCUCUAUAUACAGCUGUUGCGUAUGGGUCCAUGGAGGAUGUGGCCCGCCUGAUUGAUCACGGCGCGUACAUGAUUGCCAAGGGAGUAUCUGUUCUCAGGAUCCUGCAUGAUCAAGGACGGCCUGACCUUGUCGAAAAGGUCUCCCAGCGCACCGAUCCAGUAACACUGCGUGCCCGUCUUCACCGCGCCGCCGCCAAUCAUGACAUGGACGUCGUACGAGAAAUUCUCGAGUACAAGAUCCACGCGGGUGACCUAGAUCGCGAGAGACAGAACGUCCUUCACAUGGUAAUCCGGUCCCGGAAAAACGAGAACCUGCCUCUGAUCGAGCUCCUUCUCCAGCGGCCCGAUAUAGACGCUACCAUGCAGGAUAGUGACGGCAAUACACCCAUCUUCGCCGCCGUCAAAAGGCGCCAUAUCAACACAGUCAAACGUCUCAUGCAAGAGCCCGGGGUCCGUCUCACUGGUCGGACACUCGGACACUCGACUGCUUUACAUCUAGCUAUCGAGACACAGGACCCGGUGAUGAUCGAAUACGUUCUCAGUCAGCCACACAUCGACGUCGACGCGGCAGAUCUCCACUCGCGCAAUGCCCUAACUUUCGCCGCUGGAAUGGCCCGUGAAGACAAGGCCUUUGCUACGAUCAACCUCCUAAUCGACAAGGGGGUACUGCUACACAAUUUGCCAAUGCAGGGUGCAGUACUCUUUGGACUCGUAAGCCAACGUCACCUGCGGACAGCCAUGUUUCUUCUUGGAAGAGGCCUGAUCAACAACCCACGGUCCUUGGGACGCUCAUACGGGCAAUUCCAGCUGAUACUCCACACUCUUCUAAGCGAACCUCACGAAUUGCUGAUUGAUGUCCUCAAGGAGCUGAUUGCCCUUCGUGUCGAUGUCAACCAAGUUGAAGGGGAACCAAGGACCUCCAGACGGAACCGUUUUAAGCAAACGCCGCUGUUUGUGGCCGCUACCGGUGUACAGAGCAUGGAGUGCAUGAAGCUCCUGGUUGCCGCCGGCGCCGUCGUGACUGACCCGGAUGUCAACCGCUUGACCAUGCUUCGAAACGUCCUCGGAAUGUUCUGGGGCGGGGAGCCGCCGUCGGACGACCCCGACGUCGAGGCUUACGCGGAGCGAAUCUGCCUCUUGCUUGAAGUCGGCGCGACCUUGGGGCGCAAGACCAAGGAGCCGGAGACCACUACCCUGGGCUAUGCUUGCGAGGCGGCGACGGACGAAUCUUGCCGACUGCUCGCGUUGUUGUUGGACAAUUCGACGGCAGCCAAUGUUGACAAGAGCGUCGUUCGUGCGCUUAUAACACAUUACGAAUCUAAUGAGAAGAAAGAAGAACCCAAGGCAAAGGAAAUUGUUCGUCGACUUCAAGCCUUUGAAGCAAAAUAUUUCCUAAAUAAUGAUCCCACUGCUUAG